GUGGUAGCGGGGAGGUACUCCAGAUUCACUCCCUAACCCACUCCCAAGGAUGUGCAGCGCUGACACAGUAAGGUACCAACUCAUUGCAUUCUGUGCGGAUGCGGGCAACUCCUCCCAAGGGGACAGAGCCGUGCAAUCCCUGGUACCAAUUGGCUGCAUUCGAUUUUACUUCAGCUGCACGGAGUCCCGGUCGGAAUAUUUAUGAGUUGGAAGAGCUGCUCCUCAGGGACAGGAAGAAGUGAGCAGAAGCUGCGAGACCAGACCAGACCAGGAGGAGAGGGGAAAGAAAAAAAAGCAUAAGAAAAGUUUCCCUUUUUUUUCCAUUGGCAGCUUCAUGAAAAGGCAGUUCCUGUCCAUGCUGCAGGAGGUUCUAACGCCGAGGUGUGAACAUUGACUGGGGCACCCAGAUGGCCAAGUGUUGAAGAUCUCUUGCCAAAGAAAGUCGAUUUGACUGUCAGAAGGUUUUGAAUUAUUUCAGAGGCAGCUGCGUUAAGGAACUGCAGAGUUGAGUGUUCUUGGUGACUGUCUUGCUCCCAGCCACAACAUACAGGACCUGUUACAAGCAAAGGGACACUUGCUUUCGACAAAUUAAAGCUAAAAACCUUUAACUUCUUCAGCAAAUAAUUCACGAGGUUUUGCAGGUCAAGUGCUGGAUAUUUGGCAAAAUUGCGAUUGGACAAAAGGCUUUAAACUUUGCUGACAAUAAAGUGGACGGCACUAAUCUGAGGCAAACCACCACCAGCUCAAUUCUUAUAAAGCUGCCAUGCCACGUUUCUGAAAACAGAGAUUGCAAAGGAUCAACCCCUUUUCAUCCACUCUCUGCCUGCAUUUCCCAAAACAAUUGACCAUGGGGACUUACAACGCAAGUACAUGUAUACCUGGACUGCACCUAUUUCUGUAUCUAGCCAGUCUGCUGCAGGUGUUUGGGGUCCAACCUGUAACUGCCGCAGAGAACAGCCAACACCAUGAGAUGAUGCAUCAUCGCGUGAAGAGAGGUUGGGUAUGGAACCAGUUCUUUGUGUUAGAGGAAUACACCGGAUCAGAGCCACUAUAUGUCGGAAAGCUUCAUUCCGACAUGGACAAAGGAGAAGGCUCUGUCAGGUACAUCCUGUCAGGUGAUGGAGCGGGUACUGUUUUCACCAUUGACGACAACACAGGUGACAUUCAUGCUGUACAGAGGCUAGAUCGCGAGGAGAAGACACAUUACACCUUACGGGCACAGGCGUUAGACAGGUGGACUGGGAGGCCAAUGGAACCAGAGUCUGAAUUCAUCAUCAAGAUCCAGGAUAUCAAUGACAAUGAGCCAAAGUUUCUUGAUGGACCCUACGUGGCCAGUGUUCCUGAAAUGUCUCCAAUGGGUACGUCUGUGAUACAGCUCACAGCUAGUGAUGCUGAUGACCCCACAUACGGAAACAGCGCUCGAGUGGUGUAUAGCAUCCUGCAGGGACAGCCAUACUUCUCUGUGGAAGCAAGAACAGGUAUCAUCAGGACAGCAUUGUCAAACAUGGACCGCGAGGUAAAGGAUGGAUAUCAAGUGGUUGUACAAGCAAAGGACAUGGGUGGGCAAAUGGGAGGAUUAUCAGGGACAACAACUGUGAACAUCACACUCACAGACGUCAACGACAAUCCUCCGAGAUUCCCUCACAGAUUAUAUCAGAUGACAGUGCUGGAAACUGGAUUGGUUGGCUCAGCAGUGGGAAGAAUUCUUGCUGAAGAUGCAGAUGAGGGGAUCAAUGCUGAACUGAGCUACCGGAUCAUCGACGGAGACAGGAUGAACACAUUUGAUAUUGUCACUGAUAAUAGCAACCAAGUUGGGGUUAUCAUCCUCAAGGAGCCUUUAGAUUUUGAAACUAAAGACAGCUACACGUUAACUGUGGAAGGAACCAAUACACACCUGGACCUGCGGUUUCUAAACUUUGGUCCAUUCCGUGAUACGACCAGGGUGGUUGUAUCAGUUGAAGAUGUGGAUGAGCCACCACAGUUUGAGAUAAGCUUCUACCAGGUGGAGGUUUAUGAGGAUGUCGCUGUCGGUACUACCAUCCAAACUGUUUCGGCAAAAGACCCAGACGCGGCCAAUAAUUCCAUCAGAUAUUCAGUUGACCGAUCCACUGAUCCCACAAGAUUCUUCUACAUUGACAUAGCAUCCGGAGCUUUAAUGAUUGCAAAGCCAUUGGACCGAGAGCAAUUCUCAUGGCAUAACAUCACAGUCCUGGCAAUGGAAAUGAAGAACCCCACACAGAUUGGGAGUGUUUCCGUCACAGUGAAAGUCCUCGAUAUUAACGACAACGCACCCGAGUUUGUGAAGGAUCGUGAGGCCUAUAUCUGUGAAAAUGCCAAACCCGGUCAGCUCAUUCAGAUGGUCAGUGCAGUGGACCUGGAUAAUCCUCAAGGAGGUCAUCACUUCUACUACAGCUUAGCUCCUGAAGCAGCAAGCAACCCAAACUUCACCGUGCGUGACAAUCAAGACAAUACUGCCUGGAUUCUGACCAGAAGAGCUGGGUUCAAACACCAGGAGCAGGGAACCUAUUACCUACCCAUUCUCAUCGCUGACUCUGGUCUUCCAAUGCAAAGCAGCACCAGCACUCUGACGAUCAGAGUGUGCGGCUGUGAUCCUGAUGGGAAUGUUCGAUCCUGUAGUGUCGAGGCCUACAGUCUUCCCAUCAGCCUGAGCAGAGGAGCACUAAUCGCCAUUCUUGGAUGUAUCUUCAUCAUGCUGGUGUUGGUGUUAUUUAUUCUAACAUUGAGAAGGCACAAGAAGAAUUCCCUGAUUGUCGACGAUGAGGAGAAUGUCCAUGAAAAUAUUGUUCGAUACGAUGACGAAGGUGGUGGAGAAGAGGACACUGAGGCCUUCGACAUUGCUGCCUUGUGGAAUCCAAGAGAAGUUCAGAUCUCGAAAUCCAGGAGGGAUAUGCUUCCCGAAAUCCACAGUGUCUCCAGAUACGUAUCGCAGUCCAGAGCAGGGAACAGCAACGUGAACAGCUACAUCCUGGCAAAGUUGCACGAUGCCAACACGGACCCGAGUGCCCCUCCUUUUGAUUCCUUGCAGACUUACGCGUUUGAGGGGAAUGGGUCGGUGGCAGAAUCGCUGAGCUCCUUCGAGUCGGGCUCGACAGACUCAGACCUCAAUUAUGAUUAUCUCACCGACUGGGGCCCCCGGUUCAAGAAGCUGGCCGAUCUGUAUGGGGGCUCGGAGAGCGCUGAAGACUACUUGUAGCCAGCAACUGGGAGCUUCUUCGACUGAAACUAAUCGCGUCAACAUGAAACUCUCUCCAUAUUGGUCUAAAGGGCCUUUAAUCAGGACAAAGCACCUUUUAGACCUUUUACCAGCUUUAAUCACACCAUGAAAGACAAUAGCUGUGACUAGAUGGUCGUGUGGGAGAAACAAUGGAAAAAUAAUCUGAUUUACUCAAGUCUUUAUUCGCCUGUCAGCAAGAAGAGCAGAAAAUAAGACAUUAAUGUGGCUCAGUCUCUGAGAAUGAAAAGGGUCCGAUCCUGCCUGUGUAACACUGAACACUAAUCAAACGCUGAGCAAUGACAUCACACAGCCACCAGCUCUCAGGCGGAUACAGUCUUCAAUCGGAAUGGGAUUGACCUACAUUUGGAAUUUGCUUUUUCCUUUUUAGAACUCAUUGUAAAUACGUGCAGAGGCGCAGAGCUUAUUAAUCAGGCAACUGCUUCAGUCAUACAGUUAGCAGGCUCAUUUCCAGUCUGCGAUGUCACACAGCUGCCCUGUUGUAAGACUUCUGAGUUGCCUCUUUCCUCUCUGUAUAUAAAGGAAUCUCACAGAUUGAUGGUGGGGACGUGCAGCUAACCAAUACCCCCUCCUAUAGGCUGUAACCACUGCCCCCCCCUCCCUGCACCCCACCCUCAUCAAGGCCUCAGAUUUGGUUUUGCUCAAUUCAUUGAGCGUCAGCGACAACUUAAGGCAGGCUUUGUUUUGUUGCCCUGUCCUUAAUUGCCAUUCAGAGGUGUUGGUGAGCUGCUGCAGUCUGUGGGGAAGGGGCAGAUAUAUUCCUGAUGCCAUUGGGUAGGCAAUUCCAGGAUUUUGGCCCAGUAACAAUGAAGGGACAGCGAUAU